AAUAUCUUAAAUAAAAUAACACAACAAGAUGUUUGUGGUAUAUGUUGGUAUGUUAAUUGCUUGUAAUUUAGCGAUAAUGCUUGGACAAACGUAUGAGGAAAUGAAUGAUUUAGUUGGACAUCUAUUCAAUGACACAAAAUACAACAAAAUCCUGAGACCAUUACAAAACCAAUCAAAUAAAAUACAGGUUAAUUUUACUAAGUAUCUCAAAAGUGUGGAAUAUUUUGACAUCACAACAGGGGAGGCGCUUAUAUCCGCCUUCUUUGAAAUCAGCUGGAAAGACGAAUAUCUAACAUGGGACCCCUCUCGAUAUGGCGGAAAAGAAAGUAUUCAAUUACCCAAAGGUAGGUUCUGGAAACCGGAGUUUGAAUUGAUGAAUGGACGCCGCAGUGAUGCAUUUUCAAUUUACAGUAAUGGCGUAUUUCCUGCUUGGGUUGAGUACAAUGGAGACGCUAUAAUGGUUUUUGGAGGUACGUACGACACAAGAUGCAACGUUGAUGCCAUGCUGUAUUCAUUAGAUAUCCAUCACUGUAAUAUCAAUAUCAUAGUAUCUAAUCAUGGAGCAAACGAUUUGAUAAUUCACUCGCCAUCAAGUAACACUGAUGACCUUGAAGAAAACGAUGAAUGGGUGAUUGAAAGUUCAGAUGCAGCUGUAACUCUGAUUCAAGAAAAAAGAAUUGGAAAAGUUUUUGUUCCGAUGGUUCGAAUAUCUUUGACUUUGAGGAGGAGACCGGCGUUCAUACUCAUUAACAUAAAUACGCCUUUAAUGCUUAUGUCAUGUCUUAAUAUGGCGACAUGUUACGUUAGACCUGAUUCGGGAGAAAGACUGUCAUUUGCGAUUACAUUAUAUUUAUCAUUAGUAUUAUCUGCAACAGCAGCAAUCGAGAAGAUACCAAAUAAUUCAUUGCGUGUGCCAUGUAUGUCAUAUGAAGUACUAUUUAUAAAUAUAUUCAAUACAAUUGGGGUGGCGUGGAGUAUAUUUAUUGUUAACUUGGCGAGUAUAAAUGUAAUUGAUCAAAGGAAAAUCCCGAGCCUAAUUUUAAACAUGGUUUUAAAAAGGAGGCUAAAUAAAUCAUGUGUGUUAAAUAAAAUUGAAUCUGAUUAUGAAACGGAGCAGACAAUGGAAUCUAUUGAAAACGGAGAGGUACAGAGUGUCAAGAAUGAUAUUGGAACAAAUUCAGAUAUUUCUAAAAGUAAGUUGCAACAUGAUAUCAGCGGACGUGAAGUUGCUGAUGUGGCUGAUAAUUUAUUCUUUUGGUUACUUGGGCUAUCAAAUACGUUUCUCAAUGUCACUAUUGUUUCCGUUAUAAUCGGUACCUGGGCACAAUCAUAGGUACAUUUGUUCCAGAUUGUGUUUGUUUCAGGAAGACUGGACAAGGCAAGCAACAUACAAACAUAAAACCAAUAGGAUUAUUACAAAUUAGAAAUAA